AUGUUUGUUCACCAGUCCAAUUUUGUUUAAAUUUAGUAAUAAACGAGACUAUUAUAAUAAGAUUCAGGCGAUCACUAAGGAGAGUUGCUACCUGACUAGGUUUAAAAUGAAGAAAAUAAACCAAGAAAGAAAACUAGAAAAAUAGUCAAAAAGAGGAGAGUUAUCCUUAAACCAAUUGAAGUUACUGUCCCAAAUUAACAUAAGAAUUAGAAGAAGAGAAAGGUGCAUAAGAAAAUUAAGAAGUGCAAUACGAUUAUUAAGUAUUGA